AGUCCCCGAGUGUCUCGCUUCUCCCGCCGCAGCUAUGACAGAGAACUCGGACAAAGUUCCUGUCGCCCUGGUGGGGCCGGACGACGUCGAGUUUUGCAGUCCCCCAGCAUACGCCACGGUGACGCUGAAGCCCUCCAGCCCCGCGCGGCUGCUCAAGGUCGGAGCCGUGGUUCUUAUCUCGGGGGCGGUGCUGCUGCUCUUCGGGGCCAUCGGGGCCUUCUACUUCUGGAAGGGGAGCGACAAUCACAUUUACAAUGUCCAUUACACCAUGAGUAUCAAUGGGAAAUUACAAGAUGGGUCAAUGGAAAUAGAUGCUGGGAACAACUUGGAGACCUUUAAAAUGGGAAGUGGAGCUGAAGAAGCAAUUGAAGUUAAUGAUUUCCAGAAUGAAGGCAAGAUCAUGCCAGUUAAAUAUGAAGAAAAUUCUCUUAUUUGGGUGGCUGUAGGUCAGCCUGUGAAGGACAACAGCUUCUUGAGUUCUAAAGUCUUGGAACUCUGUGGCAACCUUCCUAUUUUCUGGCUUAAACCAACAUAUCCAAAAGAAAUCCAGAGAGAAAGAAGAGAUGUGGUGAGAAAAACUGUUCCAACUACUACAAGAAGACCACCCAGUGGACCACGGGGCAACCCGGGCCCUGGAAGACUGAAUGAAACCAGACCCAGUGUUCAAGACGACUCAGAACCCUUCAAUCCUGAUAAUCCUUACCACCAGCAGGAAGGAGAAAGCAUGACAUUCGACCCUAGACUGGAUCACGAAGGAAUCUGCUGUAUAGAAUGCAGACGGAGCUACACCCACUGCCAGAAGAUCUGUGAACCCCUGGGGGGCUAUUAUCCAUGGCCUUAUAAUUAUCAAGGUUGCCGUUCAGCCUGCAGGGUCAUCAUGCCAUGUAGCUGGUGGGUGGCCCGUAUCUUGGGCAUGGUCUGAAAUCACUUCAUGUGCUGUAAAUCACAUCAGGUGCUGUAAAGUAAGAAUUAACUGAAAAGAAAGACAACCAACCAAAGAGGGCUGAGGCAUGUUUAUGCCGAAGGGACCACAAAAUAUUUUAUACUCAAUCUGAGUGAUGUUAUUCUAGACACUUUUAACAGAAUAUUUCUCAACUGCUUUCCACAGUUUUAUCUGGUAUGUGCAAAUGUACUGAAAAGGUAGUUUAAGACUAAAGUGCUACAAUAAUCACUUUAUUAUUUGCUAUCUUUUAUUUGCUUUGCUUUGCCAGUAAUUUCUGCUUAUGUCUUCCCAAGCUAUUCUGAAAUAAACAUAAAAAAUUAUUUACAAUUUGCCAAAGA